UCUGAGAAUCUUUCAUCUCAUCCAUAUACUUUGCUACCUGCAUUAAAGGAAGGCUUUUUCAAUGAUAUCACAUUUAUUGCUAGUAAUGGUGAAAAGCUUCUAGCUCACAAGACAAUUCUUUCUUGUUUCUUUGCUGAUGUCCAUACAUGGGACAGAAUUCCUUCUUUUCUUGAGAACUUGCCUUCAGAUGUGCUCCAUGCAUUGUUACACUACCUGUAUACUUGUUCUCUGCCAAGUAACAUCCUAGAUGAAACUGCAAGGCAGCUUCUAAGAGUUGUACAACUGAAUGGAAAAGAUAUUGGGAAUUUAGGAGAGCUGUGUACAGAGUUUCUUGAGGCAACAGCUGUGAAAAACAGAAUUCGAAGCCUAGUGAGUGACUUGUACAGUCUCGCGGAGUACAUCUUACAAAUGGCUCAAUCCCUUACCACAGGUCUACAACAUGAUAGCACCACUAAUCAAACUGCCAAUAGUGGUCAUAUGCAUCGAAUUGAACCUUCAAAGGUUGUUGAUGUAACUAAGAUGGCACUAAGACAACUGGCUAUAGGAAUUUUAAAGUUUGUUUUGCUCUGUGAUAUUUUUACCAAGCACAAGUCUGAUUUAUCAAGAGAAGAAAGACAAGAAAUAAUUCAACACUGUAGAAAAAGGUUGCCUAGUUUUGUGGAGUUAGUGGAGAAGUUCUUGAUCAUAUUUCAAGAUGCUCUGUCUGGACUGAAUGAUUGUGAGAAGGAAGAAAUGGCUGUGUGUCUUAUUCCCGAGAUUGAGAAGAUUUGGUCAAAAUGCACUCAGCUUGGGAGUGAUGCUAAUAUUGCUCUGGCAACAAUAACUAGAAAAGCAGACAAAGAUCACAAAACUAAGACCCACCUUCCAAAGAUGGCAACGUCUUUAAGCAGAACACUCAGAAAUGCAGUCCACUUGAGGGAAGUUAUAACACUCAAGAGAUUUCAUGACAAGGUUUCAUCGUCUCUUAUGUUUCUCUUACAAAAAAGGGGAGAUUUUAGUUCUCUGUCAGAAGAACAAAAACUGAGGUCUGUGGUGAAGACCAUGGAUAACAUAAUGCUAGAGGUACCAGAGCACAUUCAUACUCUUCAUAAAUUUCCAAGAAUAUUUGAAAAAAAGCUGCCGUGGAAGCAAUGGAAGUAUUUGUACAAAGAGUGGAUGUCAUUUGUGAGUCUGGGGUUAAGGAAAGUGUUAGCAAACAAAGACAUUCUUGAGCCAGUUGUAGAACAAACCAUCAGUCUAGUGCAUGAAGAGGAAUUCAACAGUCUUGCGAAAGAGCUUGGUUUCCUAAAGGAAAGUUGUAGUGAUGGCAAAACAGAGUGCGUAACUCCACCAAAGAAGAGCAAUGCUCGAGUGGAGUCUGUAAUUACUUGUCCGCCCGGAGAUAAGAGCCCCCUGGCACACUCGGUCAUGCAGCUCUUGAUAUCUGGAGAUCAUGCUGACAUGCGAUUUAUCUUAAACAAAACAGACUUAUCUCAUAAUGCCACCUGUGCUGAAUGCAAAAGAAUCAUUGAACAGAACUCUUUAGAGAUUGCUGCGCACCGUGUGAUUGUAGCGACUCGCUGUGAUUGGUUUAGAAGAGCGCUGCUAAGUGGCAUGAAGGAAUCUAUUGAAAGGCGGAUCUUAGUUCCUGACACGAGUCCAUGUUUAUUCUACAAGUUUCUGGGUUACCUGUACAGCGGUUUGCUGGAUACGCGUAGCCUCAGUCUGGAUGACGUCACAGAAAUGCUAGCACUGAGUGAUAAGUACGAGGUGGAUUCUUUGAAAGAGAGUUGUGAAGAAACAUUACGAAAAGAUAUCGACAAUGACACGGUGCUCCUCUGUCUGGGCGUCGCUGAACAAUUUUCUGUGUCCCGUUUAAAGGAAGAAUGUUUCCGCUAUAUAACAGUGCAUCCUGAAGUCAUGGAAUCAGAAAUAUUUGAAGAGCUUCCAUGCCAAUUGAAAAAGGAGAUCACAGAUAAAGUACAGCAAAACAUGCCAAAGGCUGACCCGGUUAUGGAGGAAGUCCUACAAGCCUUUGCUAUGGGAAAUUUAGAAGACUUUCCUGACGAUCUGAUUGUACACUGUUCCGAUCAUAGCAUAGAUGACAGCGAUGAUGACGAUGACGAAAUGCCACGUGGUAACAGUCAAGUUGAGCGAUGCAUUGAACAGCUCCGAGAUGUCCUGGGCGACGCUGUGCCGCGGAGGGAACUGGUGCGAGUCACACUUGCCGCGGACUGUGAUCCCAAUAGGGCCCUUAACUUUUACUUCGCUUGACAAAAAUCUAAUCGGCUUGGCGAACUUCGUUUUCAUGAUUCCGUGGGAAAACUAACCUAGGACAGAUGGCCAGUGGCCUCUUCUAUAGCCAUCAGUUUACCUUUUAGCCUACACGCUCCGAACAAACCAUUCUUCAAGGUGUGUUGCUAAGUAACCGACAUAAUUUCAUUCGGUUUUUUAGCGUUUAAUCAACAUUCAAUAUUUUGGCCAAGGGUUAGUGGAAAUUUUGAAAAAGUUACGAGCUGUGAGUUUACUUUAACACAAAAGAUUUACAAUUACUGGUUAACUUCUGUUAAAGUAGUUUUACUCUUUCUUACAGCUUCAUUCUUGAAUUUGAGUAGAAAAAUCUUUUGCUGCUAAGUAGCGCCUUUCAACCUCGUUCCCAGGGUCCAGUAUCUUCCUCCCUCGAGAAAGUACAGAGAGGACCCUGAAAACGAGGUUGCGCGUCUUUCUCCUAACAAAGGUUUCAAGGAAAAAUUUCCCAACUUUACUGAAGAAGAACAGAAGCUACUGAUGAUUAUCAACAUGUUGCUGCGUCUGCGAAUGUUGCCUAUGCGAAUUUAAAGCCAGCUUUUUAAGACAUUGAGUGGGAGUUCUUCUUCAGAGCAAAAAUCACUUACGACAUAUUCUGUCUAAUUAUGACUGGUUGGUCGGUUAAAAUUGAUUAAAAUUUUUGCUUUAAUUAUUGAAAUUCACUGCCGUCAUUGAAUACAAUUGUUGAAGUGCCAUAGAGUGAAAUGGAAAAAGCUUUUUGCAUUUAGGCCGUAAUUGCAACUGAAGAGAAUGUCGGGCAGCGUUUCUUGCCGGGUUAUUGUUCAAAAUUUCAUUGGCAGUUCUUCACUGUUUUCUUCUUUGCCAAACGUUUGCAGGGUGUCGGGAUGAGUUUUACGCCUGGAUUGAACGAAAAUCCUUUUUGCCAGCUGACAAGUAGUGAGCAUUUUAACUGAAAACUAAAAACUGUUUCAAAGACGAUAACGUCCUUUCCGACAGCUGACAAAACGGCUUAACUGGCAGAAACACUCUGAUGAAUGUCUCUUUCUACUAAGUGACAUUUUAGUUUUCAAAUUCGUCAGCUUCCUUCUGAAUUAUUAGACGAGGCGCUUUUUGAGAAAAACAUGUAAAACGUCGACUAUACAUAAAAGAAAUGCGUAGAUAUUUUCAUCACCGUGGGAAACGACAUCUGGUCGACUGAAAUUUUUUUGUUGGCUUUAGCAAAGGGGCAAUGGUUAUUUAUGAAGCUUAAUUUUGAAAUUGUAGUGUAACGAAAAGUUUAAUAUUAAAUUGUGCAGAAGUCUAGUCGUA